GAUAUUUAUCCAUUUCCACUUAAAAUCUUACCAGUGCGAUCCAAUUAUCACUCCAAAUAGAUUUGGAUCUCGCAUGAUUCAGACACAUCUGACCCGCAACCCCAGCUGGACUGCUGAGGUCUCCUUCUUAUACUCAAGCUGGGAAAAGCAACAGAAAAGAGAGUGCACUGUCUUCGUUUUCGUCACUCAGUAACCGUGUUGGCGAUGAAGAACCGGUUGUUCCUGCUCCCGAUUUCGAUCAUUUUACUCGCGUCUUUAUCAGCCGUUGGUUGCGCUCCAGACGGUGUAGGAGAAUGGCAGAUCCUCACCGAACAAAAUUUCUCUUCUCAGAUCCGUCUCCACUCUCACAUCCUCCUUUUCUUCACCGUUCCAUGGUGCGGCGAGUCUCGAUCGCUUAUGAGGGAAGUGUCCCGAUUAGUUACCGACAAGUCAAAGGAUUUUGACUCUUUAAAAUUGAUGUUUAUUCAUAGAAACACGGAGAAAAUGUUGGCCGAUUCGCAUGGUGCUUCGGAUAGAAUAACGGUUUUUUACUAUGAUCGCUCCGUUUCUUAUAAAUACCGGGGAAAGCUUCGAGCUCGAAAUAUAUUAAACUCUAUUUAUCCUUAUAUGCUAUCAGCUUCACCCGAAGAACUUCCAUUAAAGCCGCUUAAUUCUCAGGAGGACUUGAAAGUGUUUCUCGAUUCAACCGACAAAGCUUUGAUUUUAACGGAAUUUUGUGGUUGGGCUCCUAAGUUACUGGCUAAGGUCAAGAAUAAUGGAACUGGAAAUGAUUUGAUGCCCAAGGGAAUGGAAAAUGGGAAGCUGAAAUGUGGUGUUGAAAAUGGGAUUGCUGGAAUUCCUUGGAUUACCGACUUUAGCUUGUUAAAUGACAGUGUUUCAUUCCAGGAUAGUGAUAAUUUUAGACUUGGUGUUGGAUUGAGUUGUACCUUAAAAGAGUUUAAGCAAUUUGAUUCAUUUUUCUCUAAGUUGAUUGCUGUUAGAAGAGAGUUCUUAAUGCCUCCAGAAAGGAUUAGAUUUGGGUUGGUUUCUGAUAGAUCAUUGAUGUCAUUUCUUGGUGUUGAAGAUUCUGGUACAUGGAUGGCAGUGCUUUACUUAAAAGGAUGUCCUGGUUGUUCAAAAGUUAGUAGAGAUGUGGAUGAACUCAAGAGUGCUUUUCUGACACACGAUUCAGUUGUUCAUGAGGUAGAAGUUGAUGGCCAAGAUCUUCAGCUUGCUUUACCUGCAGAUAAGCCAUCAGUAAUUCUUUUUGUGGAUAGAUUAUCUGACUCAUCAGAAGCUAGAAGAAAAGGUAGAGAAGCUCUUGAUGCUUUUAGAGAAGUAGCACUUCACUAUCAGAUGUUGAAUCAGACGAGUUCACAAAAUACUGACCAUCAAGACAAAUCCUCACUCCUUGCUUUUAAGUUAAAGGAUAAAAUGUCAUUCAUGAUUAUAAAUGAGGGUAAGCAUAUCUCUUUAGAUAAUCUAGCUUCAGAUUUACAAGGUAAAUCUUUGCAUGAGAUUUUAGAAUAUAUUCUUCAGAGAAAGAAGGAAGCAAAAUUGAGCUCACUUGCAAAGGAAUUAGGCUUUCGUCUUUUGUCGGAUGAUCUUGACAUCAAAACAGCCCAGGAAUUGCCAUCACAAACAGAAGGUCAAUCUGAUGAUGUCUUGCCAUCAUUAUCUCAGGAAGGUCCUUUAAUUGGUAUUGUUGAUCCAAACAGUGUACUACAUAUGGAGAACGAAUCUGGCAUGUUGCAUGAGGAAAAACCUAAAUCAAUUGGUGUUGAAUCUUCUUCUCAUUACAAUGAAGAUGAGGGAAUUUCUUCCGCUAAAAGUAAACACUUCGUAUCUAUGGAAACCGACCAACUUUUGGAAGGUCUUGAGCUUGACAUGGCUAGGGAUAUGAAGGCAAAAGAGAAAAUUUCUUCAGAGAUAGAUGAGUCAGGGGAACAAGAACUUCAGUUUGAAGGGUUUAAGGGUUCUUUUUUCUUAUGUGAUGAUAACUACCGACUACUUAGAUCUUUGACUGGUGGGUCUACAAUACCAUCGUUGGUUUUAGUUGAUCCUAGGUCCCAGCACCAUUAUGUCUACCCUGAAGAGGCAAUUUUCAGUUAUUUUUCGCUUUCUAAAUUUUUUCAUGAAUAUCUUAAUGGAAGUCUUGUUCCAUACCAACGCUCUGCACCCAUUCUUCACAGCUCCAGGGAGCCCACUUCUCCGCCAUUUGUUAAUCAGGAUUUUCAUGAAACGGAUUCCAUCCCUCGAGUUAUGAUGCAUACAUUGUCCAAGCUUGUUUUUGGGUCUAACCAAUCUAACAGUGGAAAUGCCACCCAUGCUCGCAAUGAGGAUGUUGUGGUACUUUUUAGUAGUAAUUGGUGUGGCUUUUGCCAGAGAAUGGAGUUGGUUGUUCGUGAAGUAUAUCGGGCCAUAAGUGGUUAUAUGAAAAUGUUGAAGAAUGGCUCUGCGAAAGAACAAGCUGUGUUUAAUGCUGACAACUCUAUGAAUAAUAUGAAACUUCCACUCAUCUACCUGAUGGAUUGCACAUUGAAUGACUGCAGUUUAAUCCUAAAAUCAGUAAACCAGAGGGAAGUUUAUCCAACUCUGAUGUUAUUCCCAGCUGAAACUGAAAUGGCUGUCUCUUACGAAGGAGAUAUGUCAGUAGUCAAUAUAAUCAAGUUUAUAGCUCAUCAUGGAAGUAAUUCUCAUCAUCUCUUCAGUGAGAAAGGAAAUUUAUUGACCACUGCUGAAGGAGGAGGAGGGAGGAACCAGGGUUUAUUCAAGGAUUCAUCUGGAGUUGCCGGUCAUGAGGAAGGUCCCUCUGCAAAGGACAAAUUCCAUGAAGUUAUAUUGAAAAAUAAAAACCCAAAAAAAGUUGCUAAAUACAAUGGGGGCAAGUCUAGGGCCCCCAUAUCAACUGGCUCACAUAAAGCCACAUCUAAGGUGGUUGUGGGUUCUAUCCUUACGUCCACUGAUAAACUUCUCAAUGUCAUCCCAUUUGAUAAGUCAAGAAUUAUCAUUGUGAAAGCAGGUGAAGACACUGGAUUUCAGGGUUUGAUUUUUAACAAGCUAAUCAGAUGGGACGCUCUAGAUGAACUUGAAGAAGGCUUAGGGUUCCUGAAAGAGGCUCCUCUGUCUUUUGGAGGCCCGGUUUUAAGACGUGGAAUGCCCUUUGUUGCCUUAACUAGGAGAGUUAGCGAAGAUCAGUAUGUAGAAGUCCUUCCAGGCAUCUACUUUCUUGACCAAUUGGCCACUCUUGCUAAUAUUGAAGAGCUGAAGGCCGGAAAUCAAUCUCUCAGUGAGUACUGGUUUUUCUUUGGCUACACAGGUUGGGGCUGGCGCCAACUGUUUGAUGAGAUUGAUGAAGGUGCCUGGACUUUAAGCAAUGACAGUAGCUUAGAUUGGCCGUCCAGUUGACAUUUUUGCACGUCAAUGAACUUCGACAGGAAGUGAAAAAGAGUGGUCAACCUCGCCAAGAGGAUCGGAGGGAGGCUUAGCUUAUGUCACCUGCUUUAAUUGAAAACAUUUCACUAAGCUUGUAAAUGCAAGAUUUUGUUAUUCAUUUGUAACUAACGAGUAUCAGGUAAAGACUUGCGAUACCCAUGGAAAUUUAACAAAUUUUGAUGGAACUGUAUUUUGAAAAUAUUUUUUGGUUUCAUUUAUUAAUCAUGCCUCUAGCACAAUUUUCAUAUUAGCUAUCGUUGAGGUCUUUGCAUAUACAGCAUAGUAAUUUUACUACUUUUUUGG